UGAAGAGAGGCAUGAAAUCAGUUGCACUGCACAAGAUCCUUCCAUCUUUGCUCUCCUCUCUCUUCCCCCGAUAUGGUCUCGUGUCUCGUGACCUGACCUCUGACCCCAUGUGUUUCUUUAUUCACAGCUGCGGCGAUACUACUCCAGGCUUUGAGCACCCCGAACGCAGUUUUACACGGAUGGGUCAGCCUACUAUCAUGGUAACCGCCCGUCGAUGGGUAGGAGACGGAGUUCUGGUGGAUCCCAGCCACACGGCUUCAAUGGUCCUCCUCAUCCAUCACCUCUCCAUUCUAGCCUACAAUCAGGCGCCGGGCGUAGCGGCCUCAUCAUGA